UUCAUUUAUUGUUAUUUUAUUUACUUAAUUGUACUCAGGCGUAAUCAGCAGCUCAUUUGCCUUUUCUCCCCAUUUUUCAUUUCACAUUCUGUGGAAGUAUAUAGUGAGCUUUCCUUGUAUCAAGAGCACCUUGUUUGUAAACUGUGGUGACUGGGGGAAUAGCAUCUUUUUGCAGCAGGAAAAACUACAACUUCUGGAUACGUUGGAUUAAGAUUUUGGGGUGAAGUUUAAAUGUAUCUGUUUCUUUUUUUAAAACAUCUGGCCAUUCUUUGGUGAAAAUCUGUAAAAACUGUAAAAUAAUUUGUCAAUGUUGUACAAUAAUCUCACCCCCAAAAAAUCUGUCAAGUUUCAUCUUUCAUACAGUUUUGCCAAAUUGUAUUUCCACCUUAGCCUUCAAAACUAGUUUUGAAGAAUAGCAUGAACAUCUUGGUGCACUGUGGGAAUAUGUGCCUUUAAUGUGAACAGGAUGGGAAGUCUCUAUUGAUGGUUGAAACAGAGGAACCAAUUUUUCAGGCAAGUCAAGCAGCAGCAGAGAAUCCCAAUUUAACCUCUCACCGCAUACCCUACAGACAGAAUCUGUGGGUGAGGCAUCACACCAAGUGUCAGAAACAUCUGUUCAAUCUGUUUUGUGCUCCAGUGGACAGUAUGCCAAGAUCUCAGGGCACACAACUCUAAAAAUGAAACACUGACAAGUCUGUCACACUUGAUAAAAGAGGGAACAAUAAUAAUCCUGUUGAAACUGGGAGCUUUGUACACUCAAUACACACACAUGCCACUGAAAUGUUUCAGAUAACACAAAAAGAGCGUUUUGUGUCCUUCUCAGACUCUAGUUGAGGUUUUUCAUGCUCCAGACAAACCGCUGCCACUUUGUGUCCUUUGAGGGGUGAAACACAGGGGAAAGAGACACUGUCACUGGCUCAUGACAAGACUAAGGAGCCCAGUCACCACUGACAGAAUAGAGUUCACUGGGAUGUGAGAAAAACGGUCUUCAGGCAAGCGAUGCAACAGUUCAAACACAAACUAGCCUUAGCCAACUGCUCGCUAUUUGCCAUUGCGCCCUUAAAAGUUAUAAAUACAACUAAUUAGUCUGCUGCCUUCUUCAGGCCAGCAAGAGGUAACGGCCUCCCCUCCACACCCAUCACCCCAUGCCCACACACCCUUCUCAUGGGAUCGGCAGAAUUGCUUAAUAAGUGCUAAAACAGACAGGAGUACUAUAUAAAGCCCUUCAGAGAUUUCUCCGUCUCACCAUCCUUAGCUUUGGCAAAUCUUACCGUACAUACCAUUUCCUCAGCCAUUAAGGAGAUUUGAAUUGCUGAAAUUUCAGUGAGUCAGCCCCAAGAGUCCAGAAGUUACCUGCUGAGUGUCAUCAAAAAAAGGGCUGCCAUUAUUUAUCUUCUCCCUGGAUAUUUUCCGCUCUAAUUUUAUUUCUUAAAACAUGAGCGAACAGGCCAAAACAGAGCCAUGUGGGGAGUACGGCAUGGGUGUCCCCUGGUACCCCCUGAGAAAAUGGUGGCAGUCCAGCCGGCUUUUCAAUCAGGAUGUUGGCCUGCCGCCUUUCCUGGAGCCAGGGGACUCUCAGUGGAUGGAUGUACACCGGCUCCAGAGGAGUUUGGCAGCCUGCUCCUGGCCAGGGUACAUACCCGCUCCACUGUUUGUGCCCUACAUCUCUGGGUCGAUGCAUCAUCCCAGCCAGAAGAUUAGUAAGGAGCAGUAUAAAUGGAGGGUCAGCCUGGACGUGGCUCACUUCUCCCCCUCAGAGAUUUCUCUCAGCGUCAGAGACGGAUUCCUGGAGGUUGGAGGGAAACACGAGGAGAGGCCAGACGAGCAUGGAUUUAUUGCCAGAUGUUUUACAAGGAAAUACAGGCUCCCAGCUGAGACUGAUGCUUCCAAAAUCGAAUCCACACUUUCUGUUGAUGGUAUCCUGACUGUGGAAGCUCCAGUUCCCGAAACCUCCGUUCCUGCUGCCAUCAUCAUUCCCAUAAAGGUGGAGAUGGAGGCAGCUGGAGAAAAACAGGAGAAAGAAGAAGCCCCUGAUACAGACCCAGAUAGCAGCAAAGCACCAGAGGCCCCAGAUUUUCUGCCUGCAGAGGCUGAUGGGGAAGAGUCUCCACUAGAGGUCCAUGGUGAUCAGGCCCACCCUGGCAGCACCACAGCUGGGCUUCAACAGCAUGAAGAGAGAAGGGAACAGGAGGAGGAGACCCAUGAAAAGCCAGCUGUAGAGUCCCACCCUUCAGUGCCUGCAGAUGGCAAAGGCACAGAGAGUCUUCAAGAUUCUUCUAAACACCACGAACCACUGGAAAGCCAAGAGAGCCCAGACACAGACACACAACAGCCGGAACACAAAGAACCAGCCGUGGAUGGAGAGAUCCAGGUAAUGGCAGGCUCAGGGGAGGCUGCUGAGGAGAUCACCCAGCCUGAGGAGCCGGAACUGGGCAAGAGUCCACAGAGUGAGGUCCCGAGCCAGGAGCUGGAGGCUCCCGACAUAAAACAAGAACACACUGAAUAGAAACACAAAUAUCGCCAAAAAGUUGCAUACGCCACAUAUUGUCAAAAUACUCAAACAGCCUGCAUAGCUUGCCUUGCACCAGUUCUACAGAUGCAUUUUAGUCAAUAGAUAUAAUAGCCAUAUAACCAUGUUGUCUUUGGAGCUCCAAUAAAGCAAUAGCAUGUGAAAAUGUUAAA